UGUGAGUCGUUCCGCGCGUCCACACUAGGAGGCACCGCCGCUGCUUGCUUCCCCCAUUCACUUUCAGCACCGCACAACAACCGGAAGAAGCUGUUUGAAUGUGUCAUACCAUGUAGCACCAGUCUGAAGUUAAAGCGUCCGACGCCAGGCGUUUGAAAACCCGCUGUCUGCAAACUGAAGAAUACUACAGAUAUGUAGCUGACAAGCCGGAAGACAUCUUUAAACCGGUAUCUUCAUCCGCAGACAAGAAGCGAUAAUCGAUUCAUAUUUAAACCAUCGUUGAUUUCCCUAGAGAGUGAUGUCUGGAGCGACAAGCAAUGACUGUCCACACUUGGAGUGUGUGGGGGAGAUCACCAAGGAAGAACUCAUCCAGAAGUCCCAUACUUCUUUGAUGAAUAGAAAGUUCAAAAGGACAGUAUUAUUAAAGUAGUAGUAUUGGAAAUAUUUUGUGUCAUUAUAAAUGUUUUUACUGUUGCUUUCGAUCAAUUUAAUGCAUCCUUGUUAAAUUAAUUAUUAUUUUAAAUUAAAAUAAUUUAAAAUGAUCUUUCUGAUCCCAAACUGCAGUGGUGUACAUUGUACAUUGUGAAGAUGCUUAAGUAUAAAUGUGUUUGUUUUCAGGGUCAGUGUCAGGACUGUAAAGUCGGGGGACCAAACCUUUGGGCCUGUCUAGAGAAUGGUUGUUCAUAUGUUGGCUGUGGAGAAUCACAUGCAGACCACAGCACCGUCCACUCUCAGGAGACACGGCACAACCUAACGGUGAAUCUGACCACUUUGAGAGUGUGGUGCUACGCCUGUACCAAGGAGGUUUUCCUAGAAAGAAAACUGGGUCCACAUGCACAGCUGCCUAGCGCUGUUAAACCCAUCUCUCCAGUACAGACCCCCAGCCCGGACCCCAAAGCUCCUGGGAGCCCUACUUCCCUUAGAGUUCCUCCUGCGGGACCCUGUGAUGACCUGGAUAUGGAGACUGAGGAGGAGGACGAACUGAGGGCUAGAGGUCUGACUGGACUGAAGAACAUCGGCAAUACCUGCUACAUGAACGCAGCUCUCCAGGCACUUUCCAACUGUCCUCCAUUAACACAGUUUUUCCUGGACUGUGGUGGUCUGGUGAAGACAGACAAGAAGCCAGCGCUAUGCAAGAGCUAUCAGAAACUCGUCACAGACCUGUGGCACAAAAACAGGAACUCCUAUGUUGUUCCUACAAAUCUAUUCCAGGGCAUCAAGGCUGUAAACCCAAUGUUUCGUGGUUAUUCCCAACAGGACUCUCAAGAAUUCCUGCGUUGUCUGAUGGACCAACUCCACGAGGAGCUCAAGGAGCCCAUUCCUGAACCAGAGGACCCAAACCAAGCUGUGGCCAUGGACGAGGGUCCUGAAGAGGACAACCACAGCCAGUCGGAUGACUUCCAGUCCUGCGAGUCUUGCGGCAGCAGCGAUCGUGCUGAUAACGAAGGCCCCAGAGUCCCAGAAGACAUCAAUGAAGCGGAGAUGCUGAUUUCAGAGCAGAACCAAAACAACCGAGAUUGGCAGAAAGAGAAGAAUCUCAUCAACAACCUGUACCGUGCUGGUUCCCAUGGCGACCUGGAUAAAGACGUGGAUACAACCAAUGAGUCGAGGCCAAUCAUCAGCACCCAAGGAGCCAUUAAAGCUCAGGGACGAAAUUCAGAUUCAAACCCUGAAAUCCAGGUCAGCAGUACCAUCAGACCACACAGUCCCGGUGGAAAUGAGGGUGUCACAUCUAGACUGUCCAGCAGUCCACCCAAAUCCUCAAUGUGGCCAAACUUGAGCUCUACUCACAAGAAAGUACCCUCGUUCACCCCACCAAAGAGCAAGAGGCAGAGGAAAUAUCGCAGCAUCAUCUCUGAAGUCUUUGACGGCACCAUUGUCAGCUCCGUUCAGUGCCUGACCUGUGACAGGGUUUCGGUGACUUUGGAGAACUUCCAGGACAUCUCUCUGCCCAUCCCAGGGAAAGAGGACCUUGCCAAGCUGCACUCUUCCUCGCACCAGACAGCUCUUGUCAAAGCUGGUUCAUGUGGAGAAGCCUACGCCCCACAAGGCUGGAUUGCUUUCGUCAUGGAAUAUAUAAAAAGUUGGUUCUGGGGACCUGUGGUCACACUGCAGGACUGUCUGGCUGCCUUUUUUGCAAGAGAUGAACUAAAAGGAGACAACAUGUACAGCUGUGAAAAAUGCAAGAAGUUACGGAAUGGGGUCAAAUUCUGCAAAGUUCAAAGUUUGCCAGAGAUUUUGUGCAUUCACCUCAAGCGUUUCAGACAUGAACUCAUGUUCUCCACGAAAAUCAGCACUCAUGUGUCCUUCCCGUUGGAAGGCCUUGAAAUGCAGCCCUUCCUGGCCAAGGACUGCUCCGCCCAGACCACCACCUAUGACCUGCUGUCAGUCAUCUGUCACCACGGCACUGCCAGCAGUGGCCACUAUAUUGCCUAUUGUCGGAACGAGGUGAACCAACUGUGGUAUGAGUUUGAUGACCAGAGCGUUACUGAAGUGUCAGAGUCCUGUGUUCAAAAUGCUGAGGCAUAUGUGCUCUUUUACAAGAAGAGUAACGAGGAGACUCAGAAGGAGAGGCGGAAGGUGACCAGUCUGCUCAACAUGAUGGAGCCAAGCCUCCUGCAGUUCUACAUCUCCCGCCAGUGGCUGAACAAGUUCAAAACCUUUGCUGAGCCAGGACCCAUCUCCAACCAUGACUUCCUGUGUGCCCACGGAGGCAUUCCUCCAAAUAAAGCCUCGUCGAUUGACGAUCUUGUUAUGAUGCUUCCUCAAAAUGUAUGGGAUCAUCUGUACAGCAGGUAUGGAGGUGGCCCCGCUGUCAAUCACUUGUAUGUCUGCCUAACCUGCCAGAACGAGAUAGAGAAGCUGGAGAAACGCCGCAAGAAUGAGCUGGACAUGUUUGUUCGGCUCAAUAAGGCGUUUCAGGAGGAGGAGUCUCCUGUGGUGAUAUACUGUAUCAGCAUGCAGUGGUUCCGGGAAUGGGAAGGCUUUGUCAAAGGCAAGGACAUUGACCCACCAGGACCAAUUGAUAACUCCAAGAUUGCUGUAAAUAAAAAUGGACACAUCACAUUAAAACAAGGUGCUGAUUCAGGUCAAAUAUCUGAAGAGACCUGGAACUUCCUCCAUUCCAUCCACGGAGGAGGGCCUGUGGUGACCGUCCGGCCCAGCGUCAGCCAUCAGGAGGCUGAAACUUCUCAAGCAGAGGAGAAGAUCGAAGUGGAGACGCGCUCAGUGUAGAUGUGCUAAGAUGCUGCUGGACCGCAAGGGGACCGAGAAACACUUAUUAUUUUGCACUUCACACUUGUUAUCAAGCAUUCGAGCAAUGGACCUUACAGCUUCACUUCAGCAUACACACCUCUGCCACACUCUCUAUACCCUUUAUGACUGUUCUUUAUAGCAGACGGAUGGAUGAAACAUCCUCCAGUGUGCUUUAUAUUUGUAUAUAUCAUGCAUAUCCACUUCCUCUUGACACUAGAAUCCAAUUAGACUGAAGGCACAUUUUCACAGUCCAUUAAUGCAAUUGAUUUCUAUGUGCAGCUGCGUUCAUGACAGAUUUUGCUUCGCCCAAACCAAACAGCCCAUGAUUUGUGUACACACGAAAAUGAAUUCCACUGCAUCUGUAGAUAUUUUUGAGGCACUGCCUCAAUAUGUUGUCUUAGUGGAUAAAAUCUUCAUGUUUUGGGUAUGAAGGGAUACUAAAUGCUACGUAGUCUCAGGAAAGAACUUUUCUUUUUUUGUUGUUUUGCACUGUACUGUAGAAUCAAAAGCGUGCAUGCUUCAGCUCUGAUGUUCGAUAUGUAUUUGAAUGUACUAGUACUUAAAGAACACACGUUCCUGCACUAAAUGUUAUUUAUUCCAGAGGGGUAUGAUUAUUCUGGCAUUCAUGGACGUUUUCUUUGUUCGAAAAUGAUUUGACAAGCUAAAUCUAAGCAGAAUGCACGCUAAUAGGAAUGAUGUGGCACAUUAUGCUGGCAAGAAAAUCAAUUCCUCAUUUUUAUUUGUGUUGCAUAGCUGUGCCGCUGGGUUGCAUGGAGAUGCAAACAAUAAGGCGCACAUUUGAACACAUCAAUGGCUGUCUUGUUUAAAAAUGCUAUGUAAAAGGAAAUAAUCUGAUCGGUUAAAUCCUGCUGCCUCACAUGUGUACAUUCAAGGCAUUAUUUAAUGUAUAGAAGGAUGUGAUGUCGUUUUUCAAUAUUAAUUGUCCGCAGAGAUGAAAGCUGUAUCUGAGUGGCUACUAUUAAAUCGGAAACUUAUGCUGUCAA